AUGUCACUGAUACUUUUUGCUUCUACUGGCCUAUUCGUCAUCGUCCUCUGGUACUCCUUGCGACGAAAAAAGGACUUACCACUCCCUCCCGGUCCACCACCGCUCCCUAUCAUUGGAAAUGGGCAUCAAACUCCGUCUAUCAAUGCAUGUAGAACAUAUCAAAACUGGCACAAGACCUACGGACCUAUAGUGGCACUGCGUUACGGUCGGAAGGAUGUAAUUUCUAUCGGAUCCCAUGAAGUGGCGCGAGACCUCCUGGAAAAGAAAAGCAGCAUUUAUAGUUCCAGGCCCCAGUUCAUCAUUGCAAGUCAAUGUAUUGCAAAAAAUCUUCAUACUGCAUUGCUCCCGUACGGCCCUAAAUGGAGAAACCAUCACCGAAUCCAAGCAAGCUUCCUGAAACUUGACUUAUCAACCAAUUACCGCGAUGUUCAGGAUAUGGAGAGCAAACAGCUGAUCCACGAUCUCUUGACAGAUGGUAGCUUUUGUUCCCAUUUCCGGCGCUUUACUUCAAGUGUAAUGUCAACCAUGGCGUACGGCCAGCGCAUUGAGAGUCCGAAUGCCAAGGUCAUCAAGGAGUUAGCGGCUUUGACAGAGAGCUGGCUCGGCUCUAUCAAUUCCAGUCAGAGUGUUAUGGUCGAGCUGUUUCCAGUGCUGAACUACUUACCGCGAAUAUUCGCUCCCUGGAAGCGGAAGGGCGAUAUUGCCCAUGAGUUGACCAUUGCUCUUUACAAAAAGAACCUGUUUGAUGGACGAUCAAGUCCGUCCUGGAACUGGGUGCAAGCGUCUCUCAACAUGAAAGAGUCAAAAGGGUUGUCAGAUAAUGAGAUGAGUUAUAUCAUCGGAGUUCUCUGGGAGGCGGGCACCGAUACGACAGCUGGGGCCUUGAAAGUGUUUGUGUUAGCUUGUUUGACUUUCCCGGAAACCAUGAAAAAGGCCCAUGCAGAAUUGAACAAGGUCGUUGGGUUGGAUCGUCUCCCUUCGUUUGAGGAUAUGGAAAAUUUGCCCUAUGUCAAUGCGCUGGUUACCGAAUGCCUGCGGUGGAGGCCCCUCACUCCCUUAGGGUUUGCCCGUGUUGUGUCCGAAGACGAUGAAUACAUGGGUUAUCGUAUUCCAAAGGGAGCGAUGGUUAUGCCUAACCACUGGACAUUAGAUUUAGAUGAGUCUGUUUUCAAAAACGCCACAGAAUUUCGUCCAGAGCGCUGGCUGGACGAUCCGAAUCUUCCCUUGGCUGCCUUCGGAUUCGGCCGUCGGGGGUGCAUUGGACGACAUGUCGCUCGUAACUCCUUGACUAUCUCCAUCUCGCGCUUGAUUUGGGCGUACGAAAUUACUCAUCAAUAUAAAGAUGGAAUUAAACAAGAGGUCGACCCCUGGAACAUGGAGCAGAACAUGACCUCCCCCCGCGGACUUCGAAGCCCUAUUCCGCAGCAUGAGAGAAUCAUCAUGCGCGAGUGGAAUGCAGCUGAAAAGAAUCCAGAGGCCAUCAUGAGCUACAUCCAUUCUCUCGCGCUCUAG